AUGGGCACUUUGACGGCCGACCUUCCUCGUUUGCCCCAGUACUGUGACCAUAAACUUCCCACCUCGUGCCGCUUAUCCUCGAUCCCAAAUUGCUGUGCUUGUGCCGAUGAGCGAGCACACCAGUCAAGUUACUCGACAUACGUAGACGGUGUUGGCUUCGUCGCUAGAGGUGCUCGUUGGGACCGCUACUGCUGGCCUUGCUCUCGUACCAAGCACAUGUCCAUUCUGAACCUCACCGUACUGACGCCNUGCUCAGAGUUCUGGAGGAAUCGAGUCGCCCAGACAAACCUACUGCCUACUCAAACUCGCAUCCCACAAAUACCCGAUCAGUCCGAUUUCCUGGAACGAUGGUAUCAAUUUUACGACGGCUACCGGACCGUCAGUCGUCCUGAUGGUACCCAAGAAAGAGUUGCCGUCUUGGGCGAACGCUUCAGAGAUGUUUCUCCCGGUCGCCUCCCAAGAACCUUAGACGAGCUCAGAGCUGGUCAGGAACGAAGCGACGCUGAUCACCGUCAGCACGUUGAAAUCGCAACAAAUGAUGCUCCAGAAGGUCCUUCCCUAGAGGACGCUCUCGACCAGAUGUUCCAGGAGGCCGAUGAGGAGGAGCAGAAUAUCGAACGAAACACUGAACAAGACCAACCUCCUGCACUAAUACACGCCCCAUUUACCUUCAAUUCGAACGACAGCCGUACAGAUGCUCGUGUCGCAGGCCAAGUUAUAAGAGCUGCCCCUUCAAGGAACCCCGAAUACCAAGCCCGCAGAAUCUCCGCUCUCAGACGCGAACUGCUCAGGAUGCGUAAUGGCAUCGAACGAGUCAUCUCUGGCCUCAGAGAUCUUGGAGAACCCAUACCCGAUCACACAGAAACCACCAGUCGACUCUCCGAACUCGGAAGAUCACUUGACGCCAUGUCUGUCCCGCUGUCAUCAUCGUCUCAUUCCGAUUCUGUCAAUCGUGAGACACGCGCUCCUGUCGUUGGCUCCGUCUAUCGUAAUCCUGAAUUUACCAACGUUCAACAGCGCUUCGAUGAAGCCCAACGACAAUUGGAGCAAGCCCAGAGGUUCCGUGACCAAGCAGCAGUGGAGUUUCAACUGGCACAGGCCAGUCAUACUGAAACUUCCGAGAUACUCGAAGGUGCCGAGCUUGAUCUAACUGAACACAGAGAGCAAGUCUCUCAACUUCGGCGUGAACAGCGUACUGCCGAGAAUUAUGCUCGCCUGUUUGGUUCACGGGAAGAUAUGGAAACCCAGGGUGCUGACUACGAAAGCCCGAUUGGUGGCAUGUUUACUCGUGCUUAUGAAAGAUUCAGAGUCGCCGAAGAAGUCAGACAAGACGAGAGGACUCUGCGACAAGUCUUGGAACACGAACAAAUGGCCACUGGGCCACUCUUCUCUAAUGACAACGAAGAAGCUCACCCGGCUGCUAAUACGAUCUACGAGGAUGGUCUGAACGAAUACUACUCCAUGCUCAGACAACAAGACUGGGUGCAGAAUAUUCGAGAAUCUACACCAAACAACAACGCCAUUCCUGACACUAACCCUUCGAGCGUCGACGCCUCGAGUCCAUCGGUAGACAGACGGGCAGAAGUGAUUACAUCUGAACAAGCUCCAACUUCAGCUGCAUCGCAGCAGAUGUCCACGUUGGAAAGGCUCCUGCGUAAUACCCCUGAGCCUCAGAGAAGCUCCAUCAUUGCUCGGAUGGAACAGAAUGGAACGGCGGCCGCGAUUAGAGAAUCUGAGAGUGGCAACUAUAUCGACGUCUGGCGGCGCCUCCGCGAUGCGUAUGCCCCCUUCCGAGGCAACUGGGAAGAGGAAAGCGAAUCAUCAGAGGAUGAAGACCGUGCCAGAGGCGGUCUCGAUGCUGAAGAUUCUGGACGUCCCGAACCUAAGGAAGAUGUCGAUAUGACACUCAAGCUGGACUGCAAGAUCUGCUACACACAAACCGCCGAUACUGCUUGUCUUCCUUGUGGACAUUUGGUGAUGUGUCAAUGGUGCAGUGCACAGCAUUCGCCUGUCAUGCAGCAUGACAGAACGAGGCCACGUAAGCCAGCUAAUUGCCCGGUUUGUCGUAAGAAGAUCAAGCAGAAGGUGCGUAUCUACCGAGCAUGA